ACCCUCGCGGAAAACAACUACGCUCCCCCGAUUUCAGCGUACACCCACGCUUAAGAAACCGGAAAAAACCCCUAGAAGCAAUAUGCCGUCAUGGAGCUCUCCCUGAGCGGGAACUCGCUUAAAACUCUCCAUCGCUGCGUCACUUGCUUUGCGCGCAUCGGCUCGGAGCUCGUUGUUCACGGUUCCAACUCACAGCUGGCGUUCCACACACUCAACUCCUCCCGCUCGGCCUACCAGUCGAUCACUUUUAGGACCGACUUCUUUGAUUCAUACUCCCUUCUCUCCUCCUCGUCGCUGGAAAUUCGUUGCAGUGUCCUCCUCAAAUCCGUUUGCUCGAUCUUCCGCACCCCCGUGUCCUCUCUUUCUGUUCUCCGCAUUCUCCUUCCUUCUCCCGAAGCAUCUAAGCUCCAAUGGACCCUCUAUUGCCAUAACGGGGCGAGGAAGACCUACUGGAUCUCCUGCAACGUGGAGCCUGAAAUCCAAAAUCUUUCCCUUGAUCGGAGAACACUACAGACCAGCUUCGUCGUCAGGCCACGGGAUCUCACCCGGCUGCUGUCGAAUUUUCAGUCGUCGUUGCAGGAGAUAACCAUGAUAGCUACUGAUCCGUCCAAGGUGCCUUCAGAUGCCGAGGAGGAGAUUGGAGGGAAAGCGGUGGAAUUCCGGAGUUAUAUUGACCCAGCCAAAGAAAAUAGUGACUCCACGCUGCAUACUCAGCUUUGGAUUGAUCCGGUGGAAGAGUUUUUACAGUAUCGGCAUGUAGGAGAUCCCGCAGAUGUCACAUUUAGUCUGAAGGAACUGAAGGUAAUGUCCGUUUAA